GAUUCCUACUUUGAUUUGGAGCAAGGCCGUUGGACCUCCUGGGAGGAUCUCAUGGAGCCAUUUGCUCCUCCACCUGGCCUUGACUUCAACAAGAUCUUUGUGCCGACCAUCGACACGACACGCUACUCCUACCUGGUCAAGCAGUUCUUGAGCAUGAGUCAGCCUGUGCUCUUCAUCGGAGAAAGUGGAACUGCAAAAUCAGUUACAAUGCAGAAUACCUUGGAGAGCUUUCCGUCAGACUUGUCUGUCAUUCUGAACAUCAACUACUCCUCCAGAACAAGCAGCCUUGAUUUCCAGAGGACCAUGGAGGACAACAUCUCCAAACGCACUGGGCGUAUCUUCGGCCCCGAUCAGGGCAAGAAGCUGCGAAUUUUCAUCGAUGACCUCUCGAUGCCCAAGAUUGAUCUCUACGGCACGCAGCAGCCCUUGGCGCUAUUGAAGUUCUUGAUGGAGAGAAUGUUCAUGUACGAACGGGGUGGCGAUUUGGACAAGAUCAUCAUCCAGGAUUGCCAAUUUGUGUCUGGAAUGCAGCCCCCGGGUGCUGGCCGAAACACGAUCGAUCCUCGAGUGGUGUCGUUGUAUGCUUGCGUUGGAAUCACGUUCCCAGCUGGAGACACUGUCGAGAGAAUCUACUCUUCGAUUCUCAAGAACAGCUUCCUGGGCUUCGAGAACGCAGUGCAGGAAUGCAGCCUCCAGCUGCCCCAGGUCACUAUGAGUCUGCACCAGGCCGUGCUAGACAAUCUGCCGCCCACGCCAACCAAGCCAUGCCUGCCAUGUUUCUGA